AUGGAAGAACUGGUCUUGUCGCUGGUAGUUGCGAUCCUACGGUUUGUAGGAGUCAAAGCUGUUGCUGGUGAUGGAAAGGAAGAGGUUGCUGAAGAUGGUGACGGUGAUGGUGAUGAUGUGAGCUCAGCUGGGAAAACAGCGGAAAUCCGGGAAUUUGAUGGUGACCAACAAACGACGACGAGUUGCUUAACGCCUGAGGUAACGCUCCACCCGAGGACAUCAACUGAUGAGUUUUUUGGAAAAAAAUUAUGCGCCAGAUCGCUUAAUCGUUUACACGACUACACUCCUGCAGUUACAAAAGUAAAAGUCUUCUUUUUUAAGAAAUGA